AUGGCAGACACUGCUCCCGCGACUUCAGCGCCUCCAGCUGCUGCUACCACCGCACCAGCUGUCGCUCCUAGCCAACAACAAUUCCAAAAUACAGCUCAACCUCAACCUUCAGAGACCUCGUCAGCACAGUCGCCAAACGCGUCGACAACGACAGCUACUAAUGGGCAAUCUCAGGCGCCAGCCCCAGUACAAUUUCAAAACCAAACCCAAAACCAGGCCCAACCCCAAACUCAGACCCCAACCCAGGCUCAGGCUCAGGCUCAAGCUCAAGCAGCACAAGCACAGGCCCAAGCAGCCGCUGCUGUAGCUGUGGUCGGUAAUCAAAGCAAUACUAAUGGCAAUUCCGGUAUUGAAGAGUUUCCCUGCAUGUGGCAGGGAUGCACUGAACGAUGUGCUAACCCCGAAACGCUCUAUGAGCAUGUUUGUGAGAAGCAUGUUGGUCGCAAAUCCACUAACAACCUCAAUUUGACUUGUCAAUGGGGCAACUGUCGUACCACGACGGUCAAAAGAGAUCAUAUCACUUCCCACAUUCGGGUUCAUGUGCCCUUGAAGCCUCACAAGUGUGAACUCUGUGGCAAAGCUUUCAAGAGACCUCAGGAUCUGAAGAAGCACGUGAAAACACAUGCAGAUGAUUCGGUCCUGAUUCGGUCGCCUGGCCCUUCAGACGUGAGAGGCCAGGAAAUACCUUAUGGCAUGAUGAACAACCCAAAAGGCUUUCCCGCUGGAGCUCAUUAUUUUGAACAGCCAAUGAAUCCAGUGCACGCUGGUCAAGGAUACCACCCACAAGCCCAAUAUUACCAAGGGCAGCCACAUGCUCAGCCACCUACUGCAGCUUACGGCAACGUAUAUUACACUCUAAACUCUGGCGACAACCAUACCGUAUAUGAUUCUCGAAAGCGCAUCUUCGACUCCGUCAACGCAUUCUUUGGGGACACAAAACGUCGACAGUUUGACCCCACUUCGUAUGCUGCUAUCGGGCAGCGUCUUGGUGGCCUUCAAGGCUUGCAGCUACCUCUUAGUGCCGCCCCUGCCCCGGAUUACCACAUGGGGGGCGGCAUUCCUGUAGGCCCAGGCGGUGGUUAUGGACCGGCUUUGGCAGCACCAGCUUAUCAUUUACCUCCAAUGACUAAUGCCCGGACUAAAAAUGAUUUGCUUGACCUCGACCGCAUGCUUGAAACUAUUCAUACGACUGUCUACGAAAGUGAUGACCACGUUGCUGCGGCAGGUAUCGCUCAACCUGGAGCCACAUAUAUUCCUCGCAUGAGCCAUGGUGGUACCACACAUCAGACACCGCCUAUUACGCUCCCUUCUAGCCAUGCUAUAGCCACAACCAGCCAUAUGUCGAAUGCCUCCAUUGUAGCUUCAACAUCGCCUGGAUCGACGCCGGCUUUGACACCACCGUCAAGUGUGGUGUCCUACGCGUCCAGCCACUCGCCUAGUUCUUACUCGCAUCGCGUCUCUCCUCCACAUGACCAGGAUAUGUCUAUGUAUCCACGUCUACCGUCGACAACAGCCCAUGAGAUGGCUGGUGGGUACACAGCCUCGACCAACGCGGCCCCUCCAUCAACACUGAGCAACAGCUUUGAUUAUAAUGAUCGCCGGCGAUGGAUGGGCGGUGUUUUGGAGAGAAGUCGACCCGAUGAUUAUGCCAAGUCGCCUAUGGAUGAUGUGAUGGAAGAUGGCGAGCGAACUCCCACACGAAAGGAUCCUCUUGAUCAUGAGAGCAAUGAGAGCGAUGAUAAGUUCAACCACAGUCUCAUCGACCCAGCACUACAGCAAGCAACUCGCUCCUCGUCGUCACCGGAUGCCGAAGCAGCUAAGCGCGCUGCCAAGACUGCAGCAGAAGUGACACAACGGGGCGAGGAGGAGUGGCUGGAAAAUGUCCGCAUUCUAGAACAGUUGCGUGCUUAUAUCAGAGAUCGACUUACUCGUGGCGAUUAUGAAGACGAACAGGAGUCAACGAGCGACGAUACAGCGUCUUCUGGAGCUUCAAACUCUCAAGAUGACCACAUGGAGGGUGUGGAACAUACUGAGCAUAGUCAUCCAACAGAAGACAGACAUAUGUCAGAAGAAUCCAAUCCACUUGCGGCUCUAAAAGAAUUGACGACGUCAUCACCACCGCCGACCCAAGGCUUAUAUCCUACCCUGAAAGGGAUCGAAGACUAUGCUGAGAGUACGAAAAUGGAGUAA